CAGUAACCCCUUAUCACCGACAACAGCGUGCUUGAUAUACUACCCCACCCCCGCCUUGAGACCUUCGCACCCACCCCCGGCCAAAUUCGUCGACUGAAGCAAACCGAGAAUCGUAACGAUGAACAUCCUCUACUCGACCGUAAACAGCCUGCGGGACAGGUACACCCCCGCGAGCCACACGUCGACAUUCCGCAAGACGGGCGAGAUCACCCCUGAGGAGUUCAUUGCAGCCGGCGACUAUCUCGUGUACAAAUUCCCGACCUGGUCGUGGUCGGAUGCCGAAACCCCAGCCCAGCGCGUCAGCCAGCUGCCAGCAGGAAAGCAGUACUUGGUGACUCGUCAUGUCCCGUGCAACCGCCGACUCGACUCGGACUUUGCGGGCGAUGCUGGCCAUGAGGAGGCCGUAGUGGAGGGCGGCAAGAGCAGCGAUGACGACGGCUGGCUCCGGACCGGCGGGUUGACCAGCUCGCAGCCGCUCAAGGUCAAAGAAGUGCGAACCGUGGACGAUGCUGGGAAUGUUGGAGAGAGAGAAGUGAUCGAGGACGACGAUGAUAUUCCGGAUAUGGAAGAUGAUGAGGACGAUGAGGCCAUCAUCCGUGAUGCCUCGGCUGGCGGGCAGAACAGUGGAAGACGCACAUACUCGCUCUACAUUGUCUACUCUCCAUAUUACCGGACGCCCCGCAUGUAUCUCUCGGGCUAUCUUCCCAACGGCCAGCCCCUCCCACCCCAUCUCAUGAUGGAGGAUAUCGUUGGAGACUACAAGGACAAAACCGUCACGCUCGAGAACUUCCCCUUCUUCGCCCAUCAAGUCAAGAUGGCCAGCGUUCACCCGUGCAAGCACGCGCCCGUCAUGAAGACACUUCUCGACAGAGCCGACGCGGCUCUCAAGCUGCGCAGAGAAAAGCAAAAGGCGGCAGCCGCCAAGGCAGGCAGCAGCGGUGGCGUUGGGUCUCUUACUUCUCAGGUUAAGGACCUCAACCUCGGCUCGGGGGCUGAGAAUGACGAGUGGGAGGAGAUCGAUGCUGCCGACCAGGAGGUGGCCAUCAGGGUUGACCAGUAUCUGGUGGUUUUCUUGAAGUUCAUCGCCAGUGUGACACCCGGCAUCGAACAUGACAACACCAUGGGGAUUUAGGAGGGUUCUUACACUUUAUGGCUUUUUGUAUUUGUUUCAUGUGGCCC